CCGCAUGGAUUAAGCGAUCGUUACAAGCAGAACACAUGGCUGAAGGUGGCCAGCAAAACCAACAGCAUCAACAAAAUGUAUAUCACAUUAAUAUUGCUCUGCACGCUCAACAGAAUCAAAGGGAACUAGUACAAGCAAGAACAACUGAGAUUGCUGCAGGGAAUAUUGAGAAUAUAAUAAUUCCACAAGCAGAUGAACAACAGGCAGCUCAGAAUGUUGAACAAGUAGCUGACAACGUUCAACCGGAUAAUAUCGCUGAAGGUGUCGAGCCCUUGAAUUUGUCAUCAAAAAAUACCGAUGGUUCUCAGAGUGGAGCAAUUAAAAAGAGAGGAGAAUCUGCACGAGACAAAAUGGCUCAACAACUGCAAAGGCCGCUGCCAUCUCCCAACACUGCAGGAGAUGGAAAUAAUCCUCUGAAGAUUUCAAUGCUGCGAAAAAAAUCUUCCAAGUUCUUCGACGAGUCCAAAUAUGAAGAAGCAGCCCCGAUCUUCGAAGAACUGCAACCCUACAAAACCAUCAAGAUUUCGAUACAAUACUUAUGAUGGUCGAGUGUUUCAUACAACUUGGCAGAGGAAACAAAGCGGAAAAAGCUAUCGCCAACUUACGAAAUAUUUUGAUGGCGUCAUCGGUGACCAGUGCUGAUGACGUCAAAACCGUCGCAAUCGAUUUGAUUUCAAAUUCCGCUUACAUUCGCGCUAUAAUAUUGCUUCGAAUAGCAAGUGAUAUCUACAAGGCUCGUACAAGAUCACCUGAUGAUGUGAUAAAUGGCAUUGAAUUUUGUGUCCGUAAGACAUAUUAUGCCACUAAGCCAUUGAUAAAAGCCGGUGGUCGAUCUAAAAUUAUAGGAGUGGAUUACGGCAUAGAAUACAUGACAGAAAUGCUGGAUGAUAUUCGUGCAAUAGAAAACGCUGAUCCAGUGAAUAAAGCAAUACAAGAGGCUUGGUGCUGUGAAUACAUUGGAUAUAACUAUUCACUGGCAGGUGAAUAUGAGAAAAGUAUAAAAAUCAGAAAGAAUGGACUGGAGGUUUUGGAGAAACAGUUCGGGUCAAACGCUUCAAAAUAUCAAAUCUAUGGCGGAUUGCUGCAUAAUACCGGUGCAGGGUACCAUAAUCUGCAGAAAUAUGAAGAAGCAGAAUCUUAUUUUAUGAAAGCCAUUGAAGCUCGUGAAAAGGCUUCAGAUUAUGAGAAUGAAGCUGAGAGAGAGAAAUGGAUUGAAUUUUCAAAAACUUGGCUCAAGAAUGCUCGUGAUCUAAAAGACACUCGAGCAAAAUUAACCUGAUACCCGCAUCGCAUAUUCACGGCAAAUCGUAAUUUACUAAAUUUAUCUCAUACAAUGAAUAUAAUAUUCGAACUUUUGAUUUACAUUUGUUAUGUAAUUUAAUACUGUAAAAAAUGGUCAGUAGCAGUGGCGUAACAAGGGGGUGGU